GAGGCCUGCAGGCUGGCACAGCAGGCAGGUGACCACCGGCUGGCCCUGUUGCUGGCCCAGCUGGCUGGCAGCCAGCCCGUGCGGGACCUGCUCAGCAUGCAGCUGGUGGACUGGCACAGGCUGCAGACAGAUAGCUUCAUCCAGGAGGACAGGCUGCGCCUCUUCGCUCUGCUGGCAGGCAAACCCGUGUGGCAGCUGUCGGAGCGGCUCAGCAUCAACGUGUGCUCCCUGCUGGACUGGAAACGCUGCAUCGCCAUCCACCUCUGGUACCUGCUGCCACCCACUGCUCCCAUCCCCAGCGCCCUGGCCAUGUAUGAGGCUGCAUUCCAGAACACCCCAGAGUGCGAUAAAUAUGCUUGCUGCCCUCUGCCUCCCUACCUGGAAGACUCUGGCUGUGUUGUUGAGGAGGAUGACAGUGCAGGGAGGCCCCUGAGAGAUGUCUGUUUCCAUCUGUUAAAGCUCUACAGCGACAGGUGCUAUGACCUGGACCAGCUGCUGGACCCCCGGAGUGUCACCUGUGACCCGCUGGACUUCCGCCUGAGCUGGCACCUGUGGGAGGUGCUGCAGGCCCUGAACUACAGCCACCUGUCCCAGCAGAGCCGGGGGGUGCUCAACUGCAGCUACGCCGCACAGCUGGAGAGCGAGGGGCUCUGGGAGUGGGCUGUCUUUGUCAUGCUGCACGAGCCUGACGCACAGCUCCGGGAGAAGGCAGUGCGGGAGCUGCUGAGCCGCCACUGCGCCCUGACCGAGAGCACCCAGGCAUGGGCCAAGGAGACCUUCCUGACACAGAGGCUCUGCCUGCCCCCGCAGUGGAUCCACGAGGCCAAGGCCAUUCGGGCCAGGGCGGAGGGAGACAAGCACAAAGAAGCCCUUUUCCUCUUCAAGGCUGGGCACUGGAACCAGUGCCACAAGCUGGUGGUCAGGCACUUGGCCUCAGAUGCAAUUAUCAACGAGAACUACAAGUACCUUAAGGGGUUCCUGGAGGACCUGUCCCAGCCAGAGCGCAGUGCCCUCAUCCAGGACUGGGAGCUGGCAGGGCUGGUCUACCUCGACUACAUCCAUGUCAACGAGAUGCUGGACAAGAUUCAGCAGCUGGAUUGUUCCACCUAUGAGCUGGAGAGGUUACACACCAAAGUGACAUCGCUGUGCAACAGGAUAGAGCAGCUGCAGUGCCACAGCGCCAAGGACCGCCUGGCUCAGUCUG